AUGGCUGAAAUCCCUCCUAUAGAACUGCCUAAUGUUCGCAAAAGGAGCAAUGAGAUGUAUCUGCAAGAUUAUGAUCUUGACGAUGAUCUCAUAGUAGCUUCGCCAUCGUCUAGCAAGAGUAUUGUCGACAUUUGCGAUCCGGUCGAUGCGAUCAGUGCUAAUCGGGAGGAAACAAGACUUGUCGUCGCUGGAUGUCUGUUGAGGGUGUUCCAGUUUGCUGAAGAUGGUUUUCGACAACUCGUAGAUCUUAGACCUUUGAUACAGUUCCCGGCGCACCAGGGUUAUGCAGCGAGUAUUGCUCUUAACCCAAGAGAGCGGCAUCUCAUUGCUUCUGGAGGUGGCAGAGACAAAUUUAUUAAAGUUUGGAAUUGCUCAAGUUCUCGUCCAUCUGCACCUACAUAUCAAGUUGAAACUAUGGCACCAGUUGGUCGCGUCUACUGGAGUCCAGAUCCGACAAAUGUGUUCCACAUUGCAAGUUGUGCUGGUAGGCUUAUUCUUUAUAGUCAAAGUUGUCAACGAUAUGAAUGUGCACAUAUGGGAUAUCAGACGUCCGUUCUUACCGUUUGCGAGCUUCGAGAACCACAGCGACAGUGUUACCGGUAUCUGGCAGGUGGCCGACCACUUCGUACGUUGUGCAAUCAUAAUGCUAAUUUAGCGGCUCAGUUAGGUCAAGCUAGUGUUGCACAAAGUUGGCGGUUUAUGAUCAUGAUGCUGCUGAAGCUACUGCAGCCUAUGAAAAGAAAUACGGGAUGGGAUUUUGUAUUUGCCGAUUUACGACAAUGUUGCAGAUAUAAGAAAGAGAUGGAACUACACGGUAAAAAAGUUCCUGAACCUCCUCGAAGUCUAAUUGUACGGCCAACCUAUCUUACUAGAUUUGUAUCGCAUUGUUCAAAUCUGUAUCGAUUGAAAAAAGGAGCUCACCUAUGGCCCAGCAAUUCUUUACGGUAUUCGGAUUUCGUCGCCAGCAAUAUCGCUUCAGGUGACUUCUAUUUUGGUGCAGGAGAGCUAACAAAAACGGCCGUUGAGAAGGGCAUUGAAAAUCCGCAUUACAAUGACUUUACUGGCCUUAAAGACGAGGCUUUUGCACUUAAACCGGACUUGACGAAGUUGACAUUCAUGUCUGUCUCUUCUGAUGACGACGGCCACAUAGAGAAGGAGCACAUUGCGCGAAUGAACUGGGAUCCCAUGCAAGAAGUGGUGCGGUUACUUCGCUAUCAUGCUGACCAGGGCGAUAUGCAAACGUGUGCAACCGUGUCACUCGUAUGUGGACGUCGUCUGUCUAAUGUUAUGGAUGACUUCACUGUUGAAUCAUGGAAAGAAAGUUAUAUUGCGAUGUUAGAUCAGUUGGAUUUACAUACUGCUGUUGCUGGUGUAAAGAAAUACUCCUGGAUUAAGCGAUUGAAUCAGAGAUCGCUGGAGACGGAGCGAAAAUGUGCCGUUGGUGAGUGUAUGUGUGCGUGCGGUACUAAUGUUGUACAGAUUCCGAGAAAGAAAACGAACGUAACGCUAAGCCAAACGCUUCGUGAUUUAAUUCGGAUUGAAUUGAAUGGCUUUCCAAGAGGUGGUUUGACAGAGGUAACUGAACAGGAAGGCGUGAAAACACGCCAAAAUAUAACACUGCCUGUUGAGCGUGAUAUUCUAAAGUUGUUGGAAAGCCCAUGUGGCCAAAUCGAAGUCCGGAAUAAGUUGUGCACGGUCCUUUUCUGGCUUAGGGAGAAGAAACGAAGGGUAGCGCUGGGUGAAACUACUCCAUUCUUUCGGUGCUCCAAUUCGCUCGAUUCGACUCGAUGCGACGACGACUUCAAUACCCAUAUCGCAGAGAGAAGCAACUACCUUGGAUACUGGGCUGUGAGCAACAUGGUUUUGAAGAAGGUGAUACCUCCUUAA